AUGGUGUCUUCCAGCAGUGAUUAUUCCUCUAGCUCUUCUGAUGAGGAUUUCAGGAUUCCGAUGGCUAAGGCACGUGUUCAUGCUAAGGUGCCUCCUUAUGAUCCAAAAUUUGCUCAUGAUGAUUUCUUGAAGAGAAAGGAAAGGGAAGAGAUACUUGCUGAAUAUCGAGAGAAGAGGCGUAGAAUUCAGCGAAAAAAACAAGAGGCCGAGGAGAGACUCCGAUCCCGUCCUUAUGGUGUAGCAUCAGAUUCAGAUGCUGAAGAGGAACUUGUAUGGAGGUUUCCAGAACGCAAAAGUAAGCCAUAUCCACCGCACAGGGAGAUUGAGCGACAGGUUAAGGAUGAUCUUCAAGCUGAACGUGAUGAAGAAGACCUCUUGGAUGCGAUAGACGGCGAUAUCGAAGAAGAAUUCCCUGAUGAUUCAGACAGUGAUUCUGAGAAAGAGUCCGAAGAGGAUUCCUCAGAGGAUGAUGAUGAUGAUGACAACGAAUCAGAUGACUCUGACGAUUAG